CCUGAUGUCACCAUGCCUGUGUCUCUUGGUGAAUGGCGUGUCAGGAUUGGCACGUUCAUGCGACGUCGUAGGAAAGAAUACGACUACCACUACUUUUGGAGGAAACUUCACAACUUAAUGAAAAAAGCCAAGAAUGCUGAGCCACCCAAAGAAAACAACAAUCCUGAGUGUAACAUAUCUCGCACUGGCUCUUCUCCUGAUGCGAAUAGAUCUCCAAGCAACACGACCGGUCAGUCUGCAUCUUCUUACAAUGUCAACCUUAAUACCGCUCAAACAGGGCCUUCACGUGACGUCAACAAUGGCAAAGGUAACGCCAGCUCACCGACUCUCUCACAAUCUGACGGCCCAGAGUGUGAUGUCAGUGAGAGUGGAUUCCCACGCGAUGUAAACAACCCCGGUCAUAACGAUGUCUCUCACUCUGAGUCUUCAUGUGCUCAAAACAGUGGUUUUUCAAUUGAAAAAGAGACCAACCCUGUCCCUGGUAUCACGGUCGUGACAUUUCCAGUUCCCCAACCCUGUGUAGAAGACGAAUUGGACAAUAAAGACAUCGCCAUUAAUCUCAUGUCACAUGAAUACACCCCGAAAUCCGCUCAAAUAAGUAAAACAGACAAACCUGAAGUUGACACAUCAGAGUCGCACUCACAUGUACCUGCAGACGUUCGUGGCGAGACAGAUCGUAUCAAUCGAGACAAGGAGGAAACAUCAGACUCUGCACCGUCAGGGAUAGAAGACCAAUCAUUGGACCUAUCACCUAAACACAGGAUAGAUGCAACGAAUAAUACCGACCAAAGAACAUCAUCCAUCAAGGAAGUAGCGGAGUAUCAUGAUUCCCCGAUCUAUCCGGUCCUCGGAUCAGGAACAACCAGUGGUGAAGCAGAUGAAACUAAAGGGAAUGACUGUCCAGACAUGACCAACAUACUUCUAUUGAGAUCCGGUGAUGUAGAACAAAACCCUGGCCCAAAUGAUAAACCUGGGAACCUGACCGACCUCGAACUAUAUCUCCUUGCUGACAGUAUGGAUCCAUCAGAUUUUAGGAAGGUCGGACUAGCUUUAGGAUUCAAUGAGGCUGAACUAAGUCGGUUUGAGAAAGAUCAGAUGGGCAACACUCUGUAUGCUAUCUAUAAGAUGCUUUACGAAUGGCGGAAGAGAGUAUGUGAUAGCGAGGCGAGGGAGGCGUUGGUGGUCACGUUACACCGAAUUAAGCUGGUACAGCUUGCUGAUAGCGUACAGAAAGGUCAGGUUGGUGAUCACAUACCGUCCAUGACAGAGAAGGAAAUCCAACUGGUUGCUGAAGAGGUCAAACACUAUUUGGCAAUUCAUCUAUGCCAGAUUCAAGCCGAUCCACUGAACAGUGAACUUGUACUUGAAUUCAAACGUAUCUUCACCAAUCUAACGUUGAUGGAAGAAGACAAAGGUACAAAACUCAAGACACCGCUUCUCUACGAUGACCUCCUCAGGACCAAAGUCAACGGAACCUAUCCCAAACGGUUGUUGGUAGAAGGUGAAGGUGGUGUAGGGAAGACCACUUUUUGCGCCAAGAUCGCUUGGGAUUGGAUCCACGGAAAAGCCUACCAAGAUUUCAAACUGGUUCUUGUCAUCCUCCUUCGCAAGACAGAGGGCAAGACUGUUGGAGAGAUAGUGAAGUCGUAUCUUUCUGACAACAAUCCCGUCACAGCCAAACAGCUAGACAAGCACAUCUUCUCAAAUCCGGAUGACGUUUUUCUUGUCCUGGACGGCCUAGAUGAGUUUGCUGUCGAUCUUGACAGCAAUCAGCAAGUCGCCCUGAUCACUCUCAAUCAUCUGUUCAAGUCAGGGACAGUACUAAUCACAUCGAGACAAUGGAGAUCAGAUGAGAUUAGGAAGAAUGCCGAUCUCAGAAAGGUGUUUGCUUUCAUUGCUGUAGAAGGUUUCUCUGCUGAAAACCUCUCUUCUUACAUCACCAAGUUCUUUCAUCCAGAUGCAGCUUCCUCUGAAGAUCUGAACCGAUUCAUAUCGAACAACGAUGUGAUCAGAGAGAACAUGGCUCCCUACCCCAUAUACACAGCCAUGCUGUGUAUCAUGUGGAAAGAGUUUGAUGGAGAGCGCCGAGAGGCAAUGUCCAAGCUGCAAACAUUUUCCCAGCUCUUCAAUCAGAUGAUUGACUUUUUGGUUGAUCAUCACCUAUCAAAGCACAUUCCAUCUUCAGGUAUUGUUGAAGGCAAAUUAGGGGAUCAUUGUUCAGAUAUUCGUCCACACCUGAUUUACAUUGGGUGGAUUGCCUUCCAGGGACUUCUCGAGAGACGGUUAGUAUUCACAGAAGAAGAGUUUCAGAGCUAUCCAGAGUCCAUCGAUGUAGGUUGUAAAGUUGGUGUACUCACCAAAGAGAAGAAAAUUCUUCCGAGGCGAGACAGAAGAAAUAAUCCGAAAUCAGUGGUCCAAUCAGUGCAGUUUCCCCAUAAGCUCUUCCAGGAGUAUCUAUCCGGAAUGUAUCUUGCAUCUCUUUACAACACAAACCGUAAUGAGUAUGACAGGCUGAUAGCGAAUAUCAUACAGGAAGCAGUGGAAUACCGGUACCUACUGCACUUCACCUCGGCCCAGCAGAAGGGGGUCGGCUUGGAUAUCGUAUCUCGUCUCAUAGCGUUGAAUCAAAAGCGCCAACCUGUCCGUAUUGGUGAUGGCUUCAUCGUAGAUGUAGCAUACGAGAGCCAAGACCAAGCAGUGGCCAAAUCAGUGGCGGAUCAUCUCUCCACUGAUUCCAGCAAGACACUUGAAAUCAACUUUAAUAUGCAGGCACACACAGUAUCAGGGCAUACUUUCAUCAUGAAUCAUCGCGAUGUGGUAAGGAAAGUAUAA